AUGCCUCUCGCAAACGUCGGGUCGCUCGUCCUCAACCACGUCGUCUUCCUCACCCACCUCGUCUACAUCAACCUCGCCUUCUCCCAUGCCGAGCCCAGCCUGCUCGUCGUCCUCUACUUCGUCUCCAAGCUCGUCGCCCGCCGCCCCGAGGACCUGGACCUGGACGCCGCGGCGUCGUCAUGGCCGCCGCCGACCGCGCCCAAGUGUCUCAAUGGCAUGGUAGAGAAGGCAGAGACCAUGUUGCCGGACGCCAAGGUCACUCUCAGAGACCGCAUCGCCUGCUACCAAUGGACCUACUUCACCAUGACCAUGGCCACCGGCGGCAUCGCCAACGUCAUUCAUUCUCUUCCUUACCGGGCAUCUUGGGUCACGGGCAUCGGCGUCUUCUUCUUCCUUUUGAACGUCUCACUUUUCCUGCUUCACUGUAUCCUCAUCGCCGCGCGCUUUUACCUACGCCCGGGCAGCUUCGUCAGGUCCUUCACCGACCAAGUCGAGUCUCUGUUCAUCCCGGCUUUCUUUGUUUCCAUCGCAAUCAUCAUGAUCAACACUUGCGAGUAUGGCGUGCCGCGCUCGGGCGUCUGGCUCCUCAGGACCAUGGAGGUCAUGUUCUGGUUCUACGUGGCGCUGAGCGUCUUUGCGAGUGCCGGCAUUUACCUUGUCCUAUGGUCAACACUCAUCUUUCCUGUCCACACAAUGACACCGACGUGGGUCUUUCCAGCAUACCCUCUGCUGCUCACGGCACCGUUUGCCGCAACCCUCAUCGACGCUGCCGAGACCUCGAGCCACACUCUUUCGCUCAACGCCACAGCGGUUGCCCUCGGCGCCGCAACGACCCAGGGGACCGGAUGCCUCAUUGCGUUCAUGAUCUCGUCAGCGUUCGUCUACCGGCUUAUGACGCAGAAGCUGCCGCGCGAUACCCAGCGGCCAGGUGUGUUCAUGUCGAUAGGGCCAUUUGGCUUCACCGCCGCGGGAAUCGCACAGCUCGGGAAUCAAGCCAGUCAAAUCUUUCCCCAUAGCUUUCUCGGCUCCGAGACCACCGUCGACAUCGUCAGAGUGGUGUCCAUCCUGGUCGGGCUCUGGCUCUGGGGCCUCGCCAUGUGGUUCUUUCUCGUCUCCGUGGGCUCCCUGUGGAAGUACGCCCGGUCGGGGAGCAGCCUGCCCUUUCAAAUGACGUGGUGGUCGUUUGUGUUCCCUAACACGGCACUGGUCACUGCUACCCAAGUCAUGGGCAAAAUCUUUCAGAGCAAGGGCCUCCGGCUCUUCGGCUCCAUCAUGACCAUCGUACUCGUCAUCGUCUGGGUCGGCGUCUUCGUCACCAUGCUCCACUGCCUGCGGACGAGGAAGCUGCUCUGGCCCAAGAGCAACACCUGA